UGCAGGUCCCGGAGGCUCCGCCUGGCCCGGCUCCAGGCCGCGCUGCCCGUCUGACCCCGGCGCCCUCCCGCCCCCGUCGCUUCCCGGCAGAGCAGGCCCCGCCGGACCGGCACCAUGGUGGCCCUGGGCGCCCUGCUGCUCUUCGGCCUGCUCCUCACGGCCCCGCAGGGGCUGGGGCAGGGGCCGGGGCGGCGGCAGCGGCCGUCCCCUCCCCAGAGCCCGUUGGAGAAGGUGGCGGCUCAGAGGGAGCUCAGCCUCCCCCAGCUCGCAGGGAGGUGGUUCCUGGUCGGCAUGGCCUCCCGCUGCAGGUACCUGGCAGAGCACAGCCACAGGCUGGAGGCCACAGCAGUGACACUGACUGUCCUGGAUGGGCAGAGCCUGGCCAUCAGCACUUUCAGGAAGCUGGAUGGGAUGUGCUGGGAAAUCAGGCAGCGCUACCUCCCUGCCCAGGCCCACGGACGCUUCCUCCUGAAGGGCCGUGGCUAUGGCGGCAAAGUGGACGUGGUGGUGGGUGAGACGGACCACAACAGCUAUGCCAUCCUCUAUUACCAGAAGGGCCGGAGCAUCUCUGUCAAGCUCUAUGGACGGAGCAGCCAGGUCAGCGAUGCCGUCGCGGAAAAGUUUGAGCAGCACGUCAGGGCUGUGGGCCUGAGCGAAGAUGUGACCUACUACUUCCCCACAUACGGGUUUUGUGACUCUGCAGAUGAGUUUCACAUCCUCGACGAAACGAAGCCAUAGGUGCAGACAGUGUUGCCAGGAGGUCCCCAGAGCUCAGCCUUCACCUCAUCCAGCUGUCCAUGGCAACACAAGACUGAGCCAGGGUUUGGUCAGACCCCGCUGCUGCUCCACAGCCCUGGGGCUCCCCGGCUCCUCCAGCUGUGCCUGUCCUUGUCCUGUCCCCCCACAGCUUUGUGUCACCCCUCUGCUUGGCGCUCCAGUGCCCGGCAGCAGCCAGUGACACCCCAAUAAAUGCCUCAGAGAAGAGUUGCA